CGGCUGAUCGGGGGCCGCCAUGGGCUGCGAGGAUCGGGAGAACAGCGAGGAGGACCCGGAGCUGGGAGAUCUGGGGGAGCUGAGCAGGACCCCCGAGACAGAGGAGAGGGGCUUUACUAGAAAAACCUGGUGGGACGGCGAAAACGAGCAGCCAGGAGACCAUGAGGAGCUGGAUAACCCCUUCACCCCUGACUGUCCCCAAUCAAGUGGCAACCAGGGCAGGAUCUGCUGCCCCCACCUCCACUGUGCCCCCCUGAUUGUGACAGAUGACCAAACAGGGAAGAAGGAAUGUAAGUGUCCGGGUCUCGGCAUCUUCUACACCAUCCUGUCUGCCCUCUUCUUCUCGUCCAGCUCGCUCCUGGUGAAGAAGAUCGAAGACUUGCACUCAGUGGAAAUAAGUGCCAUCCGGUGCAUUUUCCAAAUGCUUUUUGUUCUUCCUGGUUUAAUUUAUUUUAAGAUUGGUUUUCUGGGCCCUAAGGAUCAGAGGAUUUACCUGUUUCUCAGAGGAUUCCUCGGCUCCAGCGCCAUGAUCUUACUGUAUUACGCGGUACAGUCGAUGCCCCUCGCUGACGCCACCGUGAUAACCUUCAGCAGUCCGGCCUUUACCUGCAUUUUCGCCUGCAUAUUCCUGAAGGAGAAGUGCACCGUGUGGGAUAUUAUUUUCAUGGGCUUUACAAUAACAGGAGUCAUCCUCAUAGCAAGGCCGCCAUUUUUAUUCGGGGAACGCAUCGGGGGCUUCGAAGACGAUUACUCAAACCACUUGAAGGGUACCAUAGCCGCUGUGGCGAGUGCCGUAGGAGCUGCGUUAACGCUAGUCGUCCUGAGAAAAAUGGGGAAGUCUGUACAUUACCUGCUCUCCAUAUGGUAUUAUGCCGUCAUUGGCCUAAUUGAGUGUGUGAUUGCCCUCUUCGCCCUUGGGGAAUGGAGUUUGCCCUCUUGCGGAGUAGACAGGUGGCUUCUGGUUUGCAUCGGCAUGUUGGGCUUGGGAGGACAGAUUUUUCUCGUGAAAGCGUUACAGAUUGAGAAAGCCGGGCCGGUGUCUAUCAUGAGGACAAUGGAUGUCGUCUUCGCCUUCAUAUUUCAGGCUCUGUUUCUCAAUCGCAACCCGACACUGUGGACAAUUGGCGGGGCUUUGUGCGUCGUCGCAAGCACCGCCGGCACAGCAAUAAUUAAGUGGUAUAAAAGCGUAAAGAAAGCAAAACAGAGUGAGCUGUAGUCCAAUUAUUUAAUAUCUAUUAGGUAUACGAGUCAAAAAAAUUAGAAGCACAUUCUACCAGAAAUAUAAAAAAA